AUGUCUUACAACGACGACUCUUACAACAGAAACGACUCUUAUGAUGACAACAACAAGUCCACCUUGGGAAAGGUAGGUGACAAGAUCAAGAGUGCUUUCGGUAAGGAUGACGACAACUCCCGCUCCGGAAGAGACAAUGACAACUAUGGAUCCUCGGGUAGAGACAACUAUGGUUCUUCUAACACCGACACUUUCGGCUCUUCCAACACUGACUCGUAUGGAUCCUCUGGUAGAGACACCUAUGGUUCCUCCAACACUGACUCGUACGGCUCUUCCGGUAGAGGCGGAGACACUUACGGUUCCUCGGGUAGAGAUACCUUCGGCUCUUCCAACACUGACACCUUCGGUUCCAACACCGACUCGUACGGUUCUUCUGGUAGAGACAACUUCGGCUCUUCUAACACUGACUCGUAUGGUUCCUCAGGUAGAGGUGACGCUUAUGGCUCCUCUGGUACUGACAACUUCGGCUCUUCUGGCAGAAGAGAUGAUGACAACUUUGGUUCCUCUGGCAGAAGAGAUGAUGACAACUUCGGCUCCUCUGGCAGAAGAGGUGAUGACAACUUUGGCUCUUCUGGAAGAGGCGGGGACUCUUACGGCGGUACCAGUGGUAGCAAUGUUUACUAA